AUGGGGCUCAUGGCUAUUGUCGAGGUCGAAGAGAUCGAUCCUCCCAGUCGAAUCGGAUCGGAGGAUAAGGCUGACCCCUCUGCCCAAGUUGAGUUGAGUGACGACGCUUCAACCUGUAGUGAUGCCGACUCCUGGAACGAGCCAGCCUUUUACUACGACGAGAUCGAAUGGAAGCACGAAGAGGCAGCCUACAGCUACGGCGCUGAUAUCCGUGACGAAGCCAAGACCAUCGUAUCCACAGGCGACGGAACGGACUUCAAGGACCGCGUUGCAACGGAUAUCAUAGCACAAGCUGUGUACGAAAAGGGUGAUAGCGAUAUGGUGAAUUGCGGGUCAUCAUGGGACCAAGAAAAACUCGAGCCAGAGAUGAUGAAACUGAACAAGCGCGAAGACCUCGCUUCGUUCUCCCCCCUAAAACUAUACUCGAUACCAAUGAAGAGGAGAGAGAGGUAUGAAAGCUCAAGGCGUGGGAGCAUGAUGCUAUUGGGUUGGAGGAGUACGAAACAGUGCGAUGCCAAGAGCAAGCAGCUGCUCAGGUAG